AUGUUGGCAAGGGAAGGUAAGGUUUUUAUUACUGAUGUAGAGAACAGAUUCUUUCUGGUUAGAUUUUCAAAUCAGAAAGAUUUAGAUUAUGCACUUAUAGCGAGUCCUUGGGUAAUCAUGGAUCAUUAUCUUGCUAUCAGAUCAUGGGAACCUGAUUUCCAACCUUAUCAAGUAGCAAUUAAUAGGAUCGCAGCGUGGGUUCGUUUGCCAGGUUUUCUUAUUGAGUAUGUUAAUUCAGGGCUGAUGAAAGAGAUUGGCAAUUGGUUAGGAAAAUUCAUUAAAGUUGAUGCAGCAACAACUUCGAUGGCUAGAGGAAGAUUUGCUCGAAUGUGUAUUGAAUUGGACCUGACAAAGCCUCUGCAAACUGAGUACAAGUUAGAGGAAAGAAUCAAACAAGUUGAAUAUGAAGGGCUUCAUCUUGUCUGCUACUCUUGUGGGCAAUAUAGUCAUGGAAUAGAAAAUUGCCCACAGAAAUGCUCCCAAGAAGCUGAUGUAUCAUCUGAGGAAAGGAAUAUGGAAGAUCAGAAUAGGGAAGCUGACCCCAAAGAGACACAAGAAAUAGAGGUGGUAGAUCAAAAAACAGAUAAUAAAUAUGGACCUUGGAUGCUGGUUAGCAAUCUGAAAAGAUACAACAUUAGCAAUGUAGCAGCACCAAAAAGAUAA